ACGGAGCAACUCAACAUGAUAUACGGGGUAGCACUUUGACGGGAGGGGGGAGGACAUAAGCUGGUGGGCUGCUACCCAGACGAGAGUUGCCGUGCGCAGCGGAGACGGGAUGAUGAUGUCGUCGUCACGUGUCAGCGCGAGCCCCGCGCUGAUGCACGUCGCGGAUGUCGAGCGUGCGGUUCGAUUCUUGCAAGAGGCCUUCGAUCUUAAAGUGGUGGACUCUUUCGGGGCCGGCGGCGAUCUGGGAGAGGACAGCUUCGCGAUGCUGGAGAACAAGGCUGGGUCUGUUCAGGUCCUGGUCGUUCCGAAAUCGGUGGACCUGCCGGGGGGUAUGGAGACCCCCACCCUCACCCUGGCGACAGGCAGCGUUCGCCACACGGCUUGCUCAGCCGUUCGGGCAGGGGCGCGCCUCCUGUGCUCCUACCGGAUGCCUCUCCCGGUGGAAACCCCACCCCUCGGUCGUCGACAACAAUCCCGCCGCAUUUCGGAGGCGAAUUCCUCCGCCACAGCCGGCGGAGACGGCGCGACGGAAAGAGCACGAACGGAACCGAGCGCCGCCGGGCGAAACCCGGACCCGGCCGAGAACAACGGUUCCGAGUCCGGAAUGGCCUGGCUGGAAGGGCCGUUUUUUAAUGGGGAGAGAGGCGGCGGCGCGGUGCGGGUUGUGCUGAUCGACGAGCGUUUGCUAGCGGGCCGGAAGGACGAGGGGCGUAGGGCUCGGAGGCCCGGUACGGAAGACGUCGACGGCGGUGAUGCGAUCGGAGGGGGGGGCGGCGGCUGCGAGGGAUCGUCGUCGUCAUCGCAAUCGCGACACGCUUCCGUCGCCCGCAAGUCCCCACCGCUGGGCGAAGAAGCUGCAGCGGUGGAAGCAGCAGCAGCAGCAGCAGCCCCUAGUGACGACUUCGCGCCACCCCCCUUGCUGGCGGGACUUGCUUCGUUGGGCCGGAAAUCGCGAAGCCAGAGGUUUUUCUCCUGCGCCUCCGUCCUGGAAGACGACGACGACGAUGACGACUCAGCGGGCGUCGACCUCGCGGAGACGAGCAGGACCGAUGAUGCGGACCAAUACGGAAACGGCACCGGUUACGCCGCCGCGUACAACGGCAGUAGCAGCGGCGGCGGCGGCGGCGGCGGCGGCUGGUUUUCUGAGGACGACCUCCUGAGAGGCGGGGGUGGCGAGGCCGGCGCAGAGGCGGCCUGUGCUGCCGAUGAUGAUGAUAUCAUGCGCGGCGGCAGCGGCAGCUGUGGUCGCCGCAACCUCGAAUCCGGCUCCAGGGUUAACCUGCGAGGGCGACAUGCGACGGAGGAAGAAGGGGGGGGCGCGAGAGACUGGCGAAACGGCGAGAGGGCGACGGCGGCGGCGGAGGAGGAGUCGGGAUCGGCGCCGACAAGAGCGGUAGCCAACGGGGGCGCCGCAGAAUCAGGUGCGGCGGUGGCAGAAGGGGAGAGCGAGAAAGAACGUGUCCCGACCGGCGCUUCGGAACGGUCUUCUGCGAGCGGGGGGAUAGAGAGACCCAACGCUGCCGAGGAGCAACCAGAGAGCCGCCAGGGUGUACAAGAGAUGAAGCCAACACGGGGGACGGGGGCGGGGCCUAGACCACUGCGGCCGUUUCGUCAGCUGUCGGCGUCCAUGCUGGGGAACAAGGCCGGGCCGCUGAAAGCCGCGCCUAACAGCAUCGCGCCUAUCCCUAUCGACAACGACCACUUCGAAGGUGCGGCUCUGCUCAUGAUCAGGAGAGAGCCGAUGGACAAGAGCUACGCCCACAUGUUCGAAGGAAAGAACAGGAUGUUCGAGGUGCAGGUCCAAGGGAGGUUUAAGAAGCCGCCGGAGGGGGAGCUGUUCAUCAGCCUCGAGAUCACCGAGAGGAUGAAGCUCGGCCUCCUCACCAGGGGCCUGUGCAAGCUGCUGCUGUCGUUCGGGCAGAAGCUGAACCGUCGCCUCCACUACUCCUUCGGGGACAACGACAACGCCGAGCUGCCGCACAUCUCUUUCCCCCUCCUCACGUCCGUCGACUCGCUCGUCUGCACUCCCGAAGGCCAAGAGGUGCCCGCGCUGGGCAAGUCCUUUGAGGAGGACAAGGACAGGAAGGCCAGCAGGAGGCGUGGCGAAGAAGACAAGGCACUGGGGAUCGGCGACUUUCAGACCGGCUGCACGUACAGCUUCAGCUUCCACAGCAUGUACAUCGACAUGGCGCAGUGGUCUACCUGCAAAAUUCCCGUGAUGAGGGACAUCGACCUACACACCUUCUGGGGCAACGCGGCCUUGAGGGUCGCGGCGUACGUGAUGAAACCGUCGUCUUCGUCUGCCUCCUCCAAGCUUCACCUGCAAUCCGAGCUCGAGUACGUCUUCUGUGUGCAGGUGCGUCACGUGCCUCAAUCCGAGUUGGGGCAAUCAGCCGACGAGGGGGGCUGGGACGAAGCAGAGGCCGGCGCAGAAGAGGAGGAGGAGGGGGAGGCGGCGGGAUCAGCAGACUGGGAGCCGGGGAGCACUGUCGCCGUCAUUGACGUCCCCGACGGGGGCGACGCGGACAUCGGGGACGAGAUCGCCCUCCCCCUGCUGACGGACAGGGACCCGAGCCCGAGGGGGAGGCAGAUGUCGGCGUCCCGCUGGGCCAGCAACGACGACGCUUCAGACGGCGAGAUGGAGGACCGCAGGGCCAGGCGCGAGAGGAGGAGGGAGCUCAAGGGGGCCGGCGCUGGUGCUGGCGCUGGUGCUGGUGCUGCUGCCGGUGGUGACGGGGCCGGGUUUCUCCGCCAAGACGGCGAUGACGACGAUGACGGAAGCGGCGACGAGGACGACAGCGAGGACGAUUUGUCGCGCAGCAGCCGUAGCAGCGGCGGCGGCGGCGGCAGCAACAAUGGUCGGGGGUCGGCGCCCGGCCCGGCAGCCGCGCAGAAUGCUCUUGGUGUCAGAGGCGGCGGCGGCGGCGGUAGCCGUGCGGCCGCCGGGGCGCGUUCGCCUCCUGCUGACGGUGUUGAGGCUUCCUGGAGCGAUAACUUUCGCGACGGCUCGAAACAGCUGCAGGAGCGGUCUCGCUCCGGCGGCGGUGGCGGCGGGAUGCACGCUACCAGCGUGCCAGCGGGAGCGGACAGCCGGUACCGUGUCGGGGACCACAGGAAGGGCAGCACGUGGACGGGAGCUGCUGGUAGCGGUGGUAGUGCUGCGGACGGGGGCGCGAUCGCUGCCGGGGGAGUUCGGGGGACAGGAGGGCAGCAGGAGGAUGCGGAGGAGGCCAUGGUCAGGUGUCCUGCCUACGUGGACCUGUACGCGAGAAGCCCGAAGCUGAAGGGCACGUGGACGGUUUUCUGCGUGGUAAGGAGGGGGGAGGGUGGCGGUGGCGGCGGCGAGUUUGCGCUGAGGUCUUCCAAGAACCUGUCCAUCCUCCCGAAAAGCGUGGUCCCGACGAGCAUGGAGUAUUCUCCGCGGCUGUCCCGGCAAGAGGUGAAGCGGAGGAAGAUGGACGCCGUGCUGCAGCUCCUGACUGCCCCGUCACGUGCCCACGCCAACAGGGCCCACCAGGUCGUCGUUCGUGCGGUGCUCGGGAUGGAGAGCUCCGCAGACAGAGCCUACCGCUCCUACAACCCGGUCGCCGCCGCCACCGCCACCGCACCGGCAGCCUCCAGCGCCGACGGCGGGGCUGCUUCCCCCCCCGGGUUUCCAAUCGGAGUGGGCGAUGCUAACGCAAUGGGAACAUCCGGGAAGUCCGAGGAACGGGCGAGGUCGCCGGACGCGUCGGCCUCCUGGGCGGUGGGUGGCAAGGGGCAGCCGGCGUCACCCCCUCUCUACUCUCCUCCGCAGUCGAGCGUCAAGUCGGGAGGGGGGAGCCAGAGCGAAGGGUCUUCUUCGAACGCCGCUGGUAGGGGCGGCGGGGCCAGUCGACGCCGCUCUUGGACCACCAGAUCGUCGUUGGCGAUCAAGGAAGGCAUGGUCCUGCGAGUCUUGUCGGAGCACCACCUGUCGCAGCAGGUAGCGGUGCUGCUUCCGUCCUCGCUAACCUUCUCCCGCCCUCGAAAGCAGUGCCUGCGCCUGCUGACCCGGGACAUCAUGGCCGUGGAGCUUGGGGGCGGCCCCGUGGAUGGGAGCGGGUCCACCCCCCCACCCCACUCGUCGCAGCUCAUUCCAGGUAUGCACCUAGUAGAGAUCCACACGAUAGGCCGUGUCCACUACAUGCUGGUGGAGGGCCUCCAAGAGGCCCGAGACUGGGCCGUCGACAUCCAGAGCCAGCUAGGCCAGCAGCAAGCAGACGGCGGCAGAGCCUCAGCAUCCCCCCAGGACGACCUGAGCAUCAGCGACCCGUUCAGCCAGUACAUGACCAAGAAGUCUUCCUGGAAGGCCACCAACUUCUGGGUGCUCAACUGCCGCCGUCUCCUCGAGCUCAACGGGGCAGCCUUUGGUGGCGGCGGUGGCGGCGGCGGCGGGGUGGGGCGCUCUGCUGACGUGGGGUGGGGUGGGGGGUGCUGGAUGGACCAGGGGGGGGUGGGGGGACAAGUCUGCGACUUCGUGUCGGGGUUGCUGAGACAGGCUUUGGACCUGAAUGACGAUAGCAAGACGGAGCAGCUGAUCAACUUCCUCGACGACAUCUGCAGGCUGAGGUGGAUGCCCCUGGAAGGGCUGUCCCACAGCGAGCAGCUGGCGGUUUUCCUGAACCUGUACCACGUCAUGCUGCUGCACGCCUUCUUCAUUCUGGGCCCUCCGGGAAGCCCGUUGAGAGUGGCAAGCUACUUCACGACCCUGUGCUACGAGGUCGGGGGCGACGUGAUGUCAAUGGCUGAUCUGGAGCACUGUGUCAUGAGGGCCAAGACGAGCCAGCCGAACCAGUUCCUGUCGAAGCUGAUCAUUCCGACAACGGAGUACCCCUUCUGCCUAAGACGGGCGGAACCACGGGUCAGCUUUGCUCUCAACUGCGGGAGUGUGAGCGGGGUGCCGGGAAUCCUAAUCUACAGGCCCGGGGAUGUUCACCAGCAGCUCGAAGACGCCUCCGCGUACUACGUCCAGACUACCACUGAGGUCGCGGCAAUGCGGCCUGUCUUUCACCCGCAGACUCUCCCGGCUUUGGUGUCUGUAUCUUGGGGUUUGUGCCGCUCCUGA